GACGUCUAUCUAUUUAGUUACAUGGCUGUUUUCCCUAACAACGUCAUUCUGGAGCGGUGAUCUAUUUUUAUUUUUUUUACAAUGGCAACAAGUGUAAUGCACGGUCGCAGAAAAGGCCAAAAUAGAGGCACUCCAGAAAUGCCAAUAGAACAACCUGGAAUGAGAAUGGGGGAAGGUGUAGAUCUACGACAGGUGACAGUCUUGUCUAAAGGUGACUGGGAAAGAAUACAGACACAGCUCCACAGAAAACAAAUCGAAGAAGAUAGAAUAAGAAGAAAACAAGCUGAAAUUGAUGAAAAGAAAAAGAAAUCAAAGGAAAUGGUUGAUACUUGGGGAAAUACAAUCAUAGGUCAAAGACAAAGGAAGUUAGAAGCCAGAACAAUUCGGGAGCAAAAAGAGGAAGAAGAGAAGAAAUUAGUUGACCUUGAAGAGGCCCAAUACCAGGCCCAGCAGAGGAGGGAGGCCAUAGAGAAAGCUAAAACUCAGCAGUAUUAUCAAACAGAUCGAGUUAAAAAAUUCCAUAGUGCAUUACAAUUAACUGAAGUCCUCAAAGAAAGAGAAGCACAGAUUGAACUUAAAAGAUUAAAAGAUAAGGCCAAUAUAGGAAAAGAUAAUGAGUACCUGGAGCUAGAAAGACGAGAGUAUGAACAGUCAAUAAAGGAUGACCAGGCUAAAGCCCUGGAGAGAAUAAUCUCAGCACAAAAUACAAGACAGUUUCAAGUAGCUCAAGUUCAAGAACAUCUAAAAUCCAGAGACUUGGAACGAAGAGAAGACAGAAAAGAAGGAGAAGAACUGAAGAAAUUAGGAAUCCAAUAUCAUCAAGAAAAGGAGAGAUUAGAAAAUAUAAAAAAAGAUGAAAAACAACAGCUUAAGGUGGAUAAUGUGAAACAGAUCAGAGACAGAGAUGCUAUUAGAAACAUGCAGAAACAACAGGAAGAGGAUGAAGAUGAAGAGUGUAGAAUAUUUGCUGCUGCAAAGAGGAAAAUGAUGAAACUAAGAGCUGAAAAAGAACUGGAAAUUCAUAAUGAGAAACAGAAGAAUCUGGACAGAAUUAGAACAAAACUUGCUGCUCAGAUGACACAGAAAGUUAGCGAUGAAGAUGACAGGAUACAUAAAGCUGUCCAAGAAGCAGAGGAAAAGAGAGAAAAAGAGGAAGUUGAAAAAGAAUUAAAGAUGAGAAAAGCCAUGAAGGAGUCAGCUGAUCAUAGACAUGUACAGCUCAAAGAGGCAGAGGACAAGAAAAAAGAACUAAGGAGACAGGAAUUAGAAACGAUUAGAAUCAGACAAGCUGCUGAUGAAAUUUUCAGGAGAAAUGAGGAAGAAAAACGUGUGAGGAAAAGGGAAGAUAAUGAAAACCUGAAAAAUUUCCAUUUUGACCAAACGAAUGAUAGAAAGGGUAAAGAAAUUGGAAAGAAACAGAAAGAGUUAGCCUUAGAUAGAGCCAACCUUGAAUUAAUAGCCAUGGAGGAAGAACAAUUCCAGGAAUAUGCUACAAAAGUUAUUGAACAUUGUGAAAAAGGUGGCCGUAAUGUGUAUCCUCUGAGGAAGGCUGCUCAAACUGGAGCAGGGGGAGGAGUUGGUCCUAAGUUUGAGGGUAAAGGAGGAAUUAGACCCAGCUACAUGGUUUCAGAUAAAACUGGAAGACAGAUGCCUCAUUAUCAGAGAGAUUCGACUGAGGAGACCAAGGAUAACAUUUAUGGAAAAGCUCCAUCCAAAAAGAGACUUGGAUUUGUAUGGUAGAGAAAAAAAUCUGUAAACAAUUCAGUGACAUGUUAUUUAUGUGGCCAUUUUAUUUAAAUGGCUUUUAUAAAAACACUACUGGUCAUUUGUUAAAAUGGAAACAUGUGUUGUCUAUUCAAAUUAACAACAUUUCAUACAUGUUAUGUUUUUAAAAGGGAACAAAUGUAUCAUAAGUUUUGUAUUAUUGACUGUCAGAUUUUACAAACAAUUUUUCAUAUGAGUUUUUUUUUUUACAAAGAUAAAAACUUGUUUAAUACAAAGAUGGAUGAAAUAAAGAGACAAUUAAGUGCAUUUUAUUGUAAAAAAAAAUCCAUUUUAAACAUUCAAAUAAAGGACAAGAAUCUUAAAGUGUUUAAGUACAGUAAUUUUAAUUUAGAUUGUGGGUUAUUAUGUGUUAGUGCUUUUGUUACUAAACUGGUGAAUAUGAAAAUAAAGCAUCAAUGAAUUCUCAUAUAUCUGACAUUGUUUUUAUUCCCAUGUUAUCAAUGAUAUCUAACUAUUUAUUGUCCAGUUUUAAUUAAAGCAAUCACUGUGAUAACUUAUGCAUUUUAUGUGUGAGAGAGUUGUGUAUAUAUACUUUUAGACAUAUAUGUUUAUUUUCUAUUGUUACUAUGUCACAUUUAAACCUAUAUAGAAAAAUCAUGUUUAAAAAUUAAAACUUUCCUUUUA